CAUUAGUUACAAGGAUAUCUACUGUUUCUAGCCAACAACAUUUAAGCUCACCUAACAGGAUGUUCAUCACAAAGUAUAUAUCAGUGCGACUUUUCAUAGGUUUUAUCAUCGGAUUUGGUACUGACAGAUUAUUCACAGAGUUGAUUGGUCAUAUGCCAGAGACGAGCUUUGUGAUGAGACGAGUCAACGUGUCCCAUAGUGCACCAGAACAUCCGGGAAUCAGAAAAGUGGCCACAGAUAAUGUUCCAAACAGUAUAGAAACAGUUAUGAGGAAUGAGGAAAAUGUUGUGCAAACUAAGAACCCAAUCAGUUCAGAUGAUGAGAAGCAGACCAUGAAAGAUGCAAAGUCAGUGAACCCCACCAACAGAACUUUCCGUCCUGUCCCGUCACCUGAGAAAAAUGGGAACAAAAAUACUAUUUCUCAAAACAACGAGUUGAUGUUCCCAUACGAUAAAUAUACAAGGUUUGGUCUUGAAUGGAAGGGCAUUUUGGAGGAAUACGAAUACGUGUAUAGUAAUUUAAAAACAGAAGAAAAAAAAAGCAGUGUGCCAUUCAUUCUUGGUAAGGAGAACUUUUGGAUGUCAUCAACGGAAAAAAGUAGGGCAUACUUUUAUGAAAACCAAAAACACUUCAAGAAGGGCGAUCAUAUACACGUAGUCGUAGAAACAUAUGAUAAAUAUGACAACAGACGAAACAAAGGUGGAGAUAUGUUCCAAGCUGUCAUGUCAAAUACACAGCUACAGAAAAGCACAGCAGGGAGAGUAUAUGACUAUGGAAAUGGUACAUAUUCUAUCUAUUUCUAUGCUGCAUGGUCUGGAGAUGCAAAAAUAUCCGUGUACUUAUUGUUCACAAGAGAGUUGAUACUUUACUUCAACAGUGAACGACUAAAAGAACAGCGUGUACCCUGGACGGGUCAUUAUGGCGAUGGUGUCAAAACUGAGACUACUGCAUGUUCAUUACUUCGUGAAGGAGUGUGGGCAGAUAAAUGUACUUACGGAAAUGAAAAUUCACUAGGCGGCACUGUUUUUAUAUGUGAUAAACCGAAAUCCUUCUCUUGUCAACAACUUGUGAACGCUACUUCCGGCAUCGCGGUUCUUGUACAAGUCGCAGAACAGGAGAAACAAAAUAUUGCUUACUUAUUCAAAGGGAAGGAACAAACUCGACUUGCCUGUACACCACUGGCGAUAAAGAUAGCGGAUUCAUCAUUCAAGUUACCAUCUCUUCCACCAUGUGGCCCAGACUUGCCGAUUCCUAUUUCCGAUGGUUACUGGUCAGAUAACAAUACAUAUGUUUCAUUAGUAUGCAAAAGUCAACAGUGGACUCCUGUCCAGAUUAGGAAAUGUUUAUCCAACGUGGCUAUACGAUUAUGUGGUGACUCGACAAUUGGUCAAAUUCGACAACGACUUUCCUGGGUCCACAAUCACACAGAUAUAAUUACAGGCAAUGGUUUCUUUUCAGUGGGGCCUAAUCCAGUUUAUUUUUGGAACUUUACCUUUGAGAGUGAAUUCCUCGACAGCAUUACUACGGAGAAUUGUGCCUCUAAGAAAUAUGUGAUAAUGAUGAACAUAAUGUUUCAUUAUGCAUCUUGGUCACUUCGUUCCUACAUCGACAGACUGUUUGUCACAAAGUUUGCGGUUCAAAGAUUUUUGAAGCGAUGUCCAACAGCAGUAGUUAUAUUUAAGUCUGCACAUACUCGGGAUAAUGUCAAUGCGAUUCAGGUUUUACACAGUAGUAACUGGGCAUUCUACGACAUGGAUCGUAUGAUAAGGAGUGUGUUUAGUGGCAUAGGCGUACAUUUCCUUGGAGUUUGGGAUAUGUGUCUAUCGCAUUUCUCUAAGCCCGAUGUUCACAUGGCCAAAAAUGUAAUUGAACAAGAAAUACAGCUAAUGUUUUCCUAUAUAUGCCCCGAAUUAGUAGAAGGGUAA